GAUGCUGAGAUGAAUUUUGGUCGCCUAUUGACCAUAGCAUAGGCCACGAAUGGUUCAGGUCCCCCGAUGCCACAGACUGCCUUAUAGGCUAAAUGAACGUUGAGAUAUGCAGACGACUUCCCGUCGACCCGUCGCCGCCCCACGGAGUGGGUAAACAUGUGCUGUGGAUGAUAUAGCUGUGGAGCUCACAAUCCAUCAGUUGUCAUUUCUGACCCAGAGUCCUCCCCUGAGCAUCGGCCGUCGCCAUGGCGUCCUCCUCUCGCCCGUCCCGCAGCCGGCGGCGUGGGAAGAAAGACCCGGUACGCCACAGCCUCAACCCGGAGCAGCUCCACCACAUGGAGCUAAGGCACUGCCUCCAGCAGGAAACGGGCGCCGCUCCACGGUCCACCAGCGACACGGACCUGGUGACGUCCUACUGCCGCUCCACGCUCACCACUAGCUCCUCCCACUACACCAUCGGCCAACCCCAGGACGUCCGCGUCAUCUGGGACAUCAAGGAGGAGGUGGACGCUGGAGACUGGAUCGGCAUGUAUCUGAUCGACGAGGUGUUGUCCGAAAACUUUCUGGAUUACAAGAGCCGCGGGGUGAACGGAUCGCAUAAGGGCCAGAUUGUGUGGAAGAUCGAGGCCAACAGCUACUUUGUAGAAACCGAGACCAAGGUUUGCUUCAAGUACUUCCACGGUCUGAGCGGGGCGCUGAGGGCCACGACCCCGACCGUCACGGUGAAGAACCCCACCGCCCCGGUGCUGAAGCAGAACUCUACUGAAGAGGCGCCCCCAGCACAGGGCUCAAGAAGACUCAUCAGCUUCUGUUUGUCUGACUUCAACGCGGUGGGCCUGAAGAAGGGGAUGUUCUUCAGCCCGGACCCCUACCUGAAGAUCUCCAUCCAGCCGGGGAAGAACAGCAUCUUCCCCUCGCUGCCGCACCACGGCCAGGACAAGCGCUCGGGCAUCGUGUACAGCACCAUCAACCCCCGCUGGAACAGAGAGCGCUUCAGCUUCGUCUCGCUGCCGACAGACGUUCUGGAAAUAGAAGUAAAGGAUAAGUUUGCUAAAAGCCGACCCAUCUUCAAGCGUUUCCUGGGCAAGCUUUCAAUGCCCGUCCAGAGGCUGUUGGAGAAACACGCGAUCGGCGAUAGGAUGGUGCACUACACUCUGGGACGCAGACUACCCAAUGAGCACGUCACCGGUCAGCUCCAGUUCCGCUUCGAGAUCACAUCGUCCAUACACCCAGACGACGAGACCCUCAGCGCCGAGUGCUCCCCGGCCCGCCAGCCCCCGGCCGCGCGGCGCUCCAGCCACCCCUCGCGGGCGGCCCACACCUCGUCCGACGACACGCGCAGCCCCCUCCGCGUCGCCCAGGGCAACCACGGCCCCGGCGCCGGCGAGCCCCCCCAGAGGUCGAGACACCGGAGGCCGUCCAGAACCGGCCGCCACGGGCUCCCGUCGGACCCCGUCUGCAGCACGACGGCGUCUACGGAGGAGGAGGAGGAGGAGGAGGAGGAGAAGGAGCCGUCCGGUCCAGAUCCCCCUGAGGCCGGCCUGACCCGGGACACUCAGGGCGCCGCCUCGGCCAAAGCGGACGCGGCGGGCGUCACGGAGUCGCCGUUGGCGACGGUGCAGGAGGCCAGCGAGGAGAGGAGUCUGCACACGCCCUCCACGCCCCGAGGGACGGGGGAGGAAGGAGAGAACGGCUGUCCUGUGACCAUCAGGAGCUUGCCAAGGAGGCGGAGCCGGCCCUGCUCCCUGCCCGUGUCCAAACUGGAGACGGUCAUCGCCUCCUGCUCCGAGCCCGAGACGCCCAGGUCGCACUACAUACGCAUCCACCAGCUGCUCCACACGCUGCCCUGCAGCCAGCCCGAGGAGCUGCUCAACGGGGACGCCGUGUCAGGCGAGUCCCUGGAUCUGGAGGGCCUCGACGAAGACCCAGGGACGGCCUCAGCCAACGGGCCCCUGGAGGGGGGGGAGGAGGGCGGCUGUGGCUCCGCCGGGGGCCCCCAUGAGGGCCCAGAGGGGGGGCCCCGGCGCACCCUGCCCCGCUCCCUGUCCGUGGACCGCCUGUCGGACCUCGCCCUGAGGCUGGACGCGGAGGGGAGGCACCCUGAGGGCGCGGCGGUGAACGGGAUGGGCUACGAGGUGGAGGAGGAGGAGGAGGAGGAGUACGAGCCGUGCUGCAGCAACUCCUGCUUCACCCAGAGAGGGAGGCCGGCCCGACUGGGCCAGCACAGGUCAGGGGGCACGGCCUUCUCAUCCCAGGAGGACGAGGACGAGGACGAGGACGAGGCCGGAGGGGCCAAGGGGAAGGGCCCCGGGGAAGGUUCCUCCUCGCAGUGCUGCGGGUCAGAAGACGACUGCUUCAGGCCGUCGAGCCCAGCCUGCCCCAUGCCUGCCCUGAAGUCUGACCACUACCCGACCAUCGACGAACCGCUGCCUCCCAACUGGGAGGCGCGCGUGGACAGCCACGGUCGUGUGUUCUACGUGGACCACAUCAACCGGACCACCACCUGGCAGAGGCCCACCACCGCCGCCACCCCCAACGGCAUGCGCCGCUCAGGCUCCGCCCACCAGAUGGAGCAGCUCAACCGGAGGUACCAGAGCAUCCAGCGCACCAUGGCGACAGAAGGGGGCGGGGAGGAGGAGGAGGAGGGGGGGGAGGAGAACGGGGGCGGGGCUUGGAGGAGCGAGGGGACCGUGUUCAGCAACAGCUCUGAGACGGACGCCGUCCCCCCCAGGCCCCUGUGGACUCCUCCCCCUCCCCCCCCCCUGGCCAGCAGUCAGAAGCUCUCCGCUCUGCUCCAGAGUCCCGCCGUCAAGUUCAUCACACACCCCGAGUUCUUCACCGUGCUGCACGCCAACUACGGUGCCUACCGCCUCUUCACCAACAGCACGUGUCUCAAGCACAUGAUCCUGAAGGUCCGCCGCGACGCCCGCAACUUUGAGCGCUACCAGCACAACCGCGACCUGGUCACCUUCAUCAACCGCUUCUCCAGCCAGCAGCUGGACCUGCCGGGGGGCUGGGAGAUGAAGACGGACCCCCAGGGAAAGAACUUCUUCGUGGACCACAACAGCCGCGGGACCACCUUCAUCGACCCCCGCAUCCCCCUGCAGAACGGCCGUCUGCCCAACCACCUGACUCACCGGCGCCACCUGCAGAGGCUGCGCAGCUACAGCGCUGGAGAGGCCUCCGACGUGUCCCGGAGCAGAGGGAUGAUGUCCCGGUCGGGGAAGGGCCUGGUGGCCGCCAUGAGGACGCAGCAACAGCAGGACAACGUUCCCCAAGCCUACAACGACAAGAUCGUGGCGUUCCUGCGUCAGCCCGGCGUCCUGGACAUCCUGACAGACCGCCAGCCGGCUCUGACCCGGAACCCCUCCCUCAGGGAGAAGAUCCACUACAUCAGGACAGAAGGAGCUCCGCGUCUUGAGCGGCUGUCCUGUGAUGCCGACCUGGUCAUUCUGCUGAGUCUGUUUGAGGAGGACAUCAUGUCUUUCGUCCCGUCGUCCUUCCAACAUGGCUUCUCCUUCUCCCCUCACUGCUCUCCUGGGGCGUCGCCCCGCAAGUCUCCCGGUAAAGGCACCCAGAGGGCCCGGGCGCCGGCCCCUUACCGACGGGACUUUGAGGCCAAGCUGAGGAACUUCUACAGGAAGCUGGAGGCUAAGGGCUACGGCCAGGGCCCGGGAAAGAUCAAGCUGAUGGUUCGCCGGGACAAUCUGCUGGAGGGGACGUUCAACCAGGUCAUGGCCUACUCCCGCAAGGAGCUCCAGAGGAACAAGCUCUACAUCACCUUCAUCGGAGAGGAAGGGCUGGACUACAGCGGGCCCUCCAGGGAGUUCUUCUUCCUGCUGUCCCAGGAGCUGUUCAACCCGUAUUAUGGUCUGUUUGAGUACUCGGCCAACGACACCUACACCGUGCAGAUCAGCCCCAUGUCAGCCUUCGUGGAGAACCAGCUGGAAUGGUUUCGUUUCAGCGGUCGGGUCUUGGGCCUGGCACUGAUUCACCAGUACCUCCUGGAUGCCUUCUUCACCAGACCCUUCUACAAAGCACUGCUCCGGCUCGCCACGGACCUCAGCGACCUGGAGUACCUGGACGAGGAGUUCCACCAGUCGCUGCAGUGGAUGAAGGACAACGACAUCACGCAGGUCCUGGAGCUCACCUUCACCGUCAACGAGGAGGUCUUCGGGCAGGUGACGGAGAGGGAGCUGAAGUCGGGCGGAGCCAACAUCAACGUGACGGAGAAGAACAAGAAGGAGUACAUCGAGCGCAUGGUCCGCUGGAGGGUGGAGCGGGGGGUGGUGCAGCAGGCCGAGGCCAUGGUCCGCGGCUUCUACGAGGUGGUGGACUCGCGGCUGGUGUCGGUGUUCGACGCCCGAGAGCUGGAGCUGGUGAUCGCCGGCACGGCGGAGAUCGACCUCCACGACUGGAGGAACAACACGGAGUACCGUGGAGGGUACCACGACGGCCACAUGGUGAUCCGCUGGUUCUGGGGCGUGGUGGAGCGCUUCAACAACGAGCAGCGGCUGCGCCUGCUGCAGUUCGUCACAGGGACGUCCAGCGUGCCCUACGAGGGCUUCACCGCGCUGCGCGGCUCCAACGGCCUGAGGCGCUUCUGCAUCGAGAAGUGGGGCAAGGUCACCUCCCUGCCCAGGGCUCACACGUGUUUCAACCGGCUGGAUCUCCCUCCUUACCCAUCAUGCAACAUGUUGUACGAUAAGCUCCUCAUCGCCGUCGAGGAGACCAGCACGUUCGGACUCGAGUAG